GAAUCCACGAAUAAUUCGAAUCGCCGUCUAACCAAUUUCACACAGGCUUCCGAAGAGUUCCCUGCGCAAUUUUCCAGGGCUCAGAUUCAGCAGGUUGUAGAGCCUUUACCUCCAACUAGCUCUAUCAUAGCUGCUCCUAUUUCUCCACAGACUAGCAUCAAGCCAGAGGUCAAUGCUGGCACUGAACUAGUAAAGCGACCUCGUGGCCGGCCUAGGUCUUUGAAGCAGGGCCUCUCCUUUAGUAAUAAGCUGGCCGGUAGUGAGAGCUUCAGGCAUACAAUCCUAUCUAAAACGGAUAAACUUGAGAAUACGAUUUAUGCAGCUGAACAAACAGUUCCAGAUGAUCGGAGAAAUCUCGUGUUGGAGUGUACAGUCAAAAAAUUAUCCAAACAGAAGAAGGGUCGGCAAAACAGUAAAUAUUUCAGACAGGCCACCGAAGAAGAGCCAAAUUCGAUUGGAGCACAGGAUGAGCUCGAAAGAGAUGGUAGUGUCGAUGAUAACGAGCAUAAGGCUAGCUCUGAGGCGUUAGACGAUUGUCAUAAAGUUGUCCUGGGAGAAGAAGAUGAAGGAGACGAAGUGACUACUGAGACGGCCACUGCUUCAACUGGCCCUGCUGACGAAGAAAUCGAUGGUACCGGAGUCUGUCUUAUGACCUCUGUGGGUCGUCGGCAGCGUCGCCUCACAGCCAAGUACGCACAGGCACUGGAGGAACGUGAACGCCGAGAACGUCGGCGCACCGAAAUAGCUAUGGCACAUGCAAAUGACCGGCGACCUAACUUUUCUGAUCAUAGUUUUUCCAGUGGACAGGCGCUGGUAUCUAAUGGCUCAGUGUUAAUGUCAAGUUCUGCUGGGGAGAUAGGCGAGCAAGCACCAUCGGACGAAGCCCUUUCUUCUCCUCCAUUAGGUGUAGAUUCUUCGUCUGAUGUCACUGACCAAAAGAGUACUGAAAAUGUGAAAGAAAAGCGUGCGCUAAAGAAAAAUGUGAGUUUUCCUGAUGUUUAA